AUGUUCCAGGCCCGGUCUUUGGUUCGCGCAUCUCGCGCUGUUAGAGCCUCCAGAUUCGUUCCUUCUGUCUCCAGAUCGUUAUCGCAGCCAUUAUCGAUGAGACUUUUGGCAACCAACGUUUCUACUCAGGCCGAUACUCUGAGCGCCAACUACCAGAAAGUUUUCAAUCCUUCCAAGGAAAAAGUCACAUACGCCGGUCUCGACACGUUUUCCAGACGUCAUUUUGGUCCAAAUCCAGAGGAGGUUCAGCACAUGCUUAAGACCGUUGGAUAUAACGACAUGGACGAGUUUCUUGCUGCCACAAUUCCUCCACAUGUGUUAGUCAAACGUGCUUUGAAAGUUGAACCUUCCAACGGUUUUACUGAGCUGCAGAUGUUGGAACACUUGCACGAUUUGGCUGGCAAGAACAAGAUUGUCAAGUCCUUCAUCGGUAAAGGCUAUUACGGUACUAUGCUUCCACCAGUGAUCCAGAGAAACUUGUUGGAGUCGCCUGAAUGGUAUACAUCAUACACUCCAUACCAGCCCGAGAUCUCACAGGGUCGUUUGGAGUCCUUACUCAACUACCAGACCAUGGUUCUGUCAUUAACAGGAUUGCCUAUGGCCAAUGCUUCUCUCUUGGAUGAGGGUACCGCUGCUGCCGAGGCCAUGUCUAUGUCUUUCCACCACUCACGUAACAAGAAGAAGAAGUAUGUGGUGGACUCCAACUUGCACCCACAGACCAUCGAUGUUCUUCUUUCUAGAGCUGGUAACAUCAAGGUAGAGAUCGUGAAGCUCCCAUUGUCUACGGCUGAAGGUGUUGCCGAAUUAGAGGCCAUUGCCAGCGAUGUCUGUGGUGCAUUGGUUCAAUAUCCAGCCACUGAUGGAUCUCUUCACAAUUUCUCCGAGGUUGGAAAGAUUAUCCACCAGAAGAGCAAAGGUCUCUUCGCCAUGGCCACCGAUCUUCUUGCCUUGACGGUCUUGAAGCCUCCUUCGGAGUUUGGUGCCGAUAUUGCUUUGGGAAGCUCUCAGAGAUUUGGUGUUCCAUUCGGUUACGGUGGUCCUCAUGCUGCCUUCUUUGCUACCUCCGACAAGUUUUCCCGUAAGAUUCCUGGCAGAAUCGUGGGUGUGUCCAAGGACAGAUUGGGCAAGCCAGCAUUGCGUUUGGCAUUGCAAACCCGUGAACAGCACAUCAAGCGUGAGAAAGCCACCUCCAACAUUUGCACGGCCCAGGCAUUGUUGGCCAACAUCGCUGCUAUGUAUGCCGUGUACCACGGUCCUCACGGCUUGAGAAACAUUGCUUCUCGUGUUUACGGUUUCACCACUGUUCUCGCCAAUAGCAUUUCCCAGAGCUCUUCGCACAAGGUCACGAACGACGCCUGGUUCGAUACCUUGACUGUGGAGUUGUCUGGAACCUCUGCAGAUGAAGUUUUGGCCAAGGCUUUAGAAAAAUACAACAUCAACUUGUUCAAGGUGGAUGAGUCCACCGUCAGCAUUUCCUUUGAUGAGACCGUGACUCAGACUGACUUGGAGAACUUGAUCGAGCUCUUCACUGGUUCUCCAGCCUCUUUGCCUGCUGACCUUCCCGAGAUUCCUGCUGAAAUUGCCAGAACUGACGAAAUCUUGACGCACGAAGUGUUCAACGUUCAUCACUCCGAAACCGCUAUGUUGAGAUACUUGCACUUGUUACAGAGCAAGGACUUAUCGUUGGCAAACUCCAUGAUUCCAUUGGGUUCAUGUACCAUGAAGUUGAACGCUACCGUCGAAAUGCAGUCAUUGUCGAUGCCAGGUUUUUCUCAGAUCCAUCCAUUUGCUCCUACCGACCAAGCCUUGGGUUACAAGGAGUUGGUCGAAGGUUUCGAGCACGACUUAAACACCAUCACCGGUUUCGCAGCCACCACGCUUAUGCCUAACUCUGGUGCCCAGGGUGAAUACACUGGAUUGUCGCUUAUUCGUCAGUACUUCAAGUCCCGUGGUGAGUACGAGCAGAGAAACAUCUGCUUAAUUCCUGUGUCUGCCCAUGGAACAAACCCAGCCAGUGCUGCCAUGUGUGGCCUCAAGGUUGUGGCCGUCAAGUGUUUGGAGAAUGGUCUGAUUGACUUGGUUGACUUGCAGGCCAAGGCUGAGCAGUACAAGGACAACCUCUGUGCCAUCAUGAUUACCUACCCAUCCACUUACGGAUUGUUCGAGCCAGGUGUGCGCCAAGCCAUCGACACUGUCCACUCUCACGGUGGAUUGGUGUACUUGGAUGGUGCUAACAUGAAUGCCCAGGUUGGUUUGACUUCUCCUGGAGAUUUGGGUGCUGAUGUCUGUCACUUGAACAUCCACAAGACUUUUGCAUUGUCCCACGGAGGAGGAGGUCCAGGUCAGGGACCAGUGUGUGUUGCUGAGCACUUGGUUCCAUUUUUGCCUUCCCACCAAUUCGUGGCUACUCCACACGCCACUGCCGAAUCCAUCAAGGCCGUCAACUCGGCACCAUUUGGAUCUGCUGCCGUCAUUCCAGUGUCAUACUCGUAUAUCAAGAUGCUUGGAGCCGAAGGAUUGCCAUAUGCUUCGGCCCUUGCCAUGUUGAACGCCAACUACAUGUUGGAUCGUUUGAAGGACUCGUAUAAGAUCAUGUUCGUUGAUCACUCGGCUUCUGCCAAGGAAGGCAUCAAGCACUGCGCUCACGAGUUCAUUAUUGACUUGCGUGAGUUCAAGAACAUCGGCAUUGAGAACAUCGAUGUGGCCAAGCGUUUGCAGGACUACGGAUUCCAUGGACCCACCAUGUCUUUCCCAGUGGGUGGAACCUUGAUGAUCGAACCUACUGAAUCGGAGAACUUGUAUGAGUUGGACCGUUUUGUUCAGGCCAUGUUGUCGAUCCGUGCUGAAAUCGAUGCAUACGCCAAGGGUGAACCCCUUGGACUCGUUUUGAAGAAUGCUCCACACUCUCUUGCUGAUAUUGUGUCUACACCUCAAGAGGAAUGGGAUGCUCGUGGAUACACCAGAGAACAAGCAGCAUACCCACUUCCAUACUUGAAAACGGCCAAGUGCUGGCCAACGGUCGCCCGUUUGGACGACACAUACGGAGAUUUGAACUUGAUUUGCACUUGUCCAUCCGUGGAGGAUCUUGCUGAAUAG